CCUAGAAGGAAGGAAAGCCAAGGAAGGAAGGAAGGAAGGAGGGAGGGAGGGGAGGAUUGUGAAACAGGCUUUUCAGGAUAAUAUACUGCUUCGAGAUCGCGACGCGAGGUGUAAACAAACAAAGACUUUGUUUUUGCAGGGGGAAAUGUCAUUAGAUUUGAUUUGUUUUUAUACGAUUGCGCAAGGACAUCGACGGGAAACACGGUUGUAAGAUGCUUCAGCUUGGCAGCCUGUUGACCCAGUUACACAUCAGCGGCUGCAAGACUCCGCAGAGUUCAAGAGGUCACCAAGUGCCGCAAACGCAAAGUGACUUCCUUCAACAUGUCAGGAAACUCACCGGGCUGAGGAAAGAGAACAUCUACUGCAAUCUGCGGAUCCCCGACAACUAUCAAGUUGUCAAAGAUGACAUUGACAUCGUGAUUGUCACAAGCCAAGGGAUCUUCUGCAUCGACGUAAAACCCUGGCGAGGUCUGGUGUCCGCUCACGACCAAAAGUGGCACGUUCAAGUCAAAGAAAAGGAUCACGACUUUAGCAACACCUGCAUCGAACAGUUCGAGGACCCACUCAAGGCCAUCACGGUCAAGACGACUCACUUAUGCGGCCAUUUGAGGCAGAGCGGCGUACCCGUGCACCAGAGCCUCUUCUUCCCCAGGGUGGUCUUCCCUUCGCUCGAGUGCGAGCUGGCCGAGGGGCUCCGAGAGCGGCGGGAGCUGGUUUUCCACGACCAAGUGGACCGCUUCCUCAGAUCCUUCAGGGAGGACUAUGUGGCCUGGAUGUUGGAUGCGCUGACGCCUUCCUGGCUUUCUGGUCAUCUGUCGUACGGGCAGAUGGCAUUGACGCAGGAGGUCCUGAGGCGCUCGGGGACGUGGGACCUGAUGCGGCUUUGCAACGGCGAACAGCUCCGAGGCGACUUCAAGGGGUGUGGCUACAUCGCGCUGGACCGCAGCGAGACCGACACGCUGGAGUUCUCCACGCUCAAGACAAUGUGGGCUCUGCUGGGACGCACUCCUCAGGUGGCUGUCAAAAUGUACAAGCGCGGCUCCAACGGAUGGUUGGGAAAGACGCUGUGCGCCACCGCCAACGUACCCUCUGAUACCUUGGUGGUCUUCCAGGUCAGCGGCGACAAGGUCGACACCAAGUUCCCAGCCAGCGCCAUCCACAGCAUCACGCUCAGCAUUUGAGUCAGAAUGUGAAUUUUUUAUAGUCCUUGAGUGUCUUUUAAUUAGUCCGAUUUAUUUACUACAAAUAAGCUAUUUUUGUUCCAUCCUUGAAAAAUGCUAUACAAAUCUAAGUGAUGAUUAUUCACUACCGCUGCAUAAGAUACUGUAUGCAUACAUAUGCUAACCCAUUUAGCAAUACGUGAAAUUUAUAAAAAAUUUAAACCACAACACGUGUGUUACGAACCAUCUUUCCACUAAUUGUUAAAAAAAAAAAAUCAUGAGCUGUCACCACUCACGAUAUUGUACUCAUGCCGUUCCUCAGGGAUACGACGACGCUGAUUGUUAGUAUCUGUGAAAAUAACAGGAAUUAGUCUUUUGUACACUCUUUGCCUUAAGAUGAUUAUACAACAUCUUAAAUGUAGCGUUAAAUUAUUUUGUUGACUUACCUCAGAGCGAGCAUUUUCUACCCCAAACAGCACUUGCUUUCUUUACAUAGUUUUCCAUGUGGUGGGUGCAUGCAAGUGUUUACAUUUGUGGAGUCUGAAUAAAUGAAUUUUAAUCACCA